CCAUGUUCGCAAAUCCUAUUUUGCCCUUCUGCUCACUCACCGAAUUAUAACUCUCCUUCACUUGCAUCUGUCGCUCACGCAAACCAGACCCCAGACUUUGCCUUUCAUUUGCGUUUUCCCCUUCACAAUUAGCAGCUUUACAUUUUCUGCCAUGGCUGCUAGGGGAUUAUUCAUCGACGACGGAUAUUUGCUUCCAGUCUCUGGCGAUGCACAGUUUUCCGCAGAACACGGUUACGUGCAGGCAGGCAAUUCCAAUAAUUUCCCAGUGGAUGACCUCUUCGAUUUCUCCACAGAGGACGACGACGCCAUGACCGGCGGUUUCUUCCACCAGCACACUGCUACUGGCGACUCCUCCACCGUCACUUGCCUCGACAGCUGCAACUCCUCUGUUUCCGGCGGCUGUAACUUUGACGCUACAUUCACCGCCUCAGAAAUUUGCGUUCCGUAUGAAGAUCUGGCGGAGCUGGAAUGGCUAUCAAACUUCGUUGAAGAGUCGUUCUCAAGCGACAAGUUUCAAAACCUUCAACUCAUUACCGCCGCCAACGGUAACUGUACCACUACAAUUGCCGCCGGCCGCCAUCACAGCUUAACCGGAAACAAUAGUUCUCCUCCCCCGGCAUUUCCGUGCGAUGUAUCUGUUCCCGGUAAAGCACGGAGCAAGCGUUCAAGGGCCUCAGGUUGGCCUUUCCGGCUCCAACAACUCCCUUCCGCCACGUCGUCCUCCGACAGCAGCGGCGGUUCGAUCGACCCUGCAGCCAAAAGGGCGGCGUGUAAGAGAAGAGAGAGCAGUGAGAUUGUCGGGCGGAAGUGCCUGCACUGCGCUUCUGAUAAGACCCCUCAGUGGCGGACAGGCCCGUUGGGCCCAAAGACACUCUGCAAUGCCUGUGGGGUCCGCUACAAAUCGGGUCGCCUGGUGCCCGAGUACCGACCCGCGGCGAGCCCGACUUUUGAGUCAGCGAAGCACUCCAACUCCCACCGCAAAGUGGUGGAGCUCCGGAGGCAAAAGGAGUUCCGGGGACAUCAUCGGGAGCAGCAGCAGGUGCUGCUGCUGCAACCGCCGCCGGUGGUGAGUCAAGCCUCGAUUUACGGCGGAGAAGAUUACUUGCUUCAGCAUCUUCUUCAAAAAGAAAGUGGGUGCACUGAUUUUAGGCACAUGGUGUAGCGACAUUGGUGUGCGCACCUUUACCUUUUUUUCAAGCUUUAAGUAACAAACAACCCUUUUCCGAUUUUGACCAUAUAUAUUAAUUAUAAUUAUAUUUUGAGCUAUUUUGAAUUUUUAGGAGGGAAGAAUGAAAAGCUAUUGAAGUGGGAAAAAGAAAGCAGAUAUAUAUUCCAUAAAUUACAUGUUCAUGGUAUAUUGAAUUAGUGAAUUGAAUUUUGAAUAUCUAUUGCUGUAUGUUAUCAUUAUUAUACGAAGUAUCCGUGGAAUUAUUAUGAUAAGCUGGAUUUCAACAAAUUAUAAGUUAUUUUAGUAACAGCUUCGUUUGAGUAGUGAGUACUGAGUAGGGACUAGGGAGUGCUAUCUGAAACCAUUUUGUAAACUCAUUUUGGCGAUAAGUAAUGAAAACAGCUUCGUUUUCUUAUUU